AUUAAUGGGGCUACAAGCCUACAACCCAUUGAAUUGAUCUGUCUCUCUCUCAGUUUCUCUGAGUUCUCCAUUGAAACGCACUGAACAUCGCACUUGACGUAAUCCAUUACAAACUAUUUGUUCUCAGCAGCUUCUGAAAAUUAAUUUGUACCUCUGUUUCAAUUCCUUUCGAUAUCUAAUGGAUGAUUGGAUUAAGGAGUUUCGCGGUAGGAGAUCUGGAAUGAAGGUGCUGCAAGAGCAAAUCGACAACUAUAUAACUGCACAUGAGAAGCGCGAGGAGCAGGCAAAAAGAGAAAGAGAAGCCAAGCUUGCCGAGGAAGGAUGGACUGUUGUUGUACAUCGCAAGGGUGGGAAAAGGACAACUGAUCAUGAUAGUGGUGUUGCUGUUGGAUCUGUAGCUGAGGCUGCUGUGCGCGACAAAUUGGCCAAGAAAAAGAGUAAGGAUGUUGGGCUAGAUUUCUACCGAUUCCAGAGGAUAGAAGCACACAGGAGUGAUAUUAUGAAGCUACAAAGUAAAUUCGAGGAGGACAAGAAACGGAUACAACAGAUACGAGCUGCAAGGAAGUUUAGACCUUACUGACUGUUUCCUUACAAUCACAAAGCAACAGAAGUAUUUACAAGAAGGUUAGAGAACUAGUUCAAUGAGUCGGAAGCGACAAAGAACUUUUGAUAUCAUCCAUGGAUACAGACUUUAUAUUCCCUUAGUGCUAUGUCUAUGCAGAAACCUGAUCUUUCCCUAUUGUAACAAGUUGAAAUAUCAUAGCCUCAUAGGUUUGAUUUUUUUAUUUUUUUAUUUUUGUUUUUUUUAAUACGUUGUAGUAUUUUGUGAUAUACGAACUAACAAUAUAAAAGUUAAUUUUAUACCCAAUCAUACAAUUUAUUCGUCUCUUAAUAAUUAUAUCCAA